GCUCGUCGCAGUAAAACAGUGACGGCUGCGUUGGUAACAGUUGGACGUCGUCUUCUGAUUUGCGAUCACCAUGAAACGUGAGUGAAACGACCCGUCGCCAGCAUAAAUGCGAUUAAGACAGCUGAGGUGGUGACUGUUUUCCACAAAGUGCCUUCUUUGGAUCAAGAAGAAUAAUUCACAAAGCCAUUCUAACACCAUUCAAACAAAUGAUAAUACAUAUUUCGAAACUAUUACAACCAGGAAUGUCAACUAUAAACAUUGCAUUAAUAACACAUUACAGUUAAUAACCAAAAGCAGCACAAAAAUAUACUUUCAUUCUAAAUAUUGAAAAAAAUGCUAUCGUACGAAAAUUGUUUUGAAAUAAAUAUAGAUCAAUAAAUUCCAUUUAUAUUUUUAUGUACACGUGCAACACUUACAUAAUGCAUUGUACGCUACAGUAGUAGCCUAGCUGUUAAGCAUCAUGCACCAAUUAACUUUACGAACCAACUUCACUACAGCUCAGAUUACUUCAAAAAAGAAAAGGUAUCUCGUAUCCUCUGGAUAAAACACGCAAACUGCUUCAUGAUUUACUGAAAGAUUGCGGUCUGUUAUGUCCAAAAUAAAAAUAAUAUUUUCAUAUAAACAUCACUAUAUUUCAGAGCAAUUGAUAUUAAUGUUUUAGAUUUUAUUACAAGCAAAAACUAAGUGAUUUUGAGCAUGGAAGUUCCACUUCACAUAAAUUACAUUUUGAUCAUGAACCAAUAUUCAGUAUUUACAAUUGACAUUUAUUUUAAGAAUGAAUAAACGGUGAAAGCGUAUGAUAAAUCACAGCAGUUAAACAGAGUAUCGCCAAAAGCAGGCAUUGGCAUUGCCUCUAACAACUUCACAUGAUUAGAUAAUAAAAUAAAUUGAUAUUCGUAACACUAAAGAAAACAAGGUCUGUAACGUAAUUCUCAAAACUUAUGUUUGACUAACAUCACACUCAGACAAGUGUAAUGAUUAAAAAACCUUAAAUGUAUUGUAUUUUAAAAUACAACGGAUGUUGUAGUCUCAUGCCAAAUAAGUCUACUGUAACAUUACUAAACACCUGAUUUGGCCUCUACAACUAGUUUACUUUCGAGGUUAGAAAAGGUACGUUGUAUUUGCCGACGUUUCGACAACAUCAAAUGAACGGUGGACACUGUUGUUCUGAAAGAAAAUAAAUAUUUAAUACGAAUUACCCGAAAUUACUGAUAUUAAAAUGGGCCACAAGAAGAAUAAGCCACGUAUGAUCCCGGAACAAGAUCGCCGGAUAUGCGGCAGCAUCUGUUUCUGUCAGCUGACAGUAGUCAUAAGCUGCGUGGCUCUGGUUUACUUAACUGUGGCCAUCUACAUCCCGUCUCAUAGAGCGUUCAAAUCGGGAAUAGAGCCGGUGCCGAUCACGUGUCAGGCUAUCAAGUCCAAUAACCCCAGGAAUUGUCAGUGGGCGUCCUGUGGAGAAUGGUGUCUCACCAAGACGUCAGGCUUCUGUCCGCAGAUCAUGGUGACGGCUAGACGCAACGGCACUGACAUGCAACUAGAAAACUGCUCCAGACUUCAAACCUUCGCCUGCCCACCGGUGGAUGCCGACGCACUGAAGAAGUACAAUUGCAAUAACGGCUCAGAGUGUGGGUCCUUGACGGGAUUGUUCAACUGCUCCUUAGGACACUGCGCCAACUGGACUGACGCAUAUCAGUGUCGGUACAAGGCAGAUGGGAUUUCGCUAGACAGCGAACGAGAUAACAUGAAAAUGACUGGCUUCUUUGAGUGCAAAAAAUCUCGUUGUGUCGAAAUAAAACAACAGUUAAUAUGUGAUCGUUACUGCAACAAAAUUGCUACUACAAAUGCUAAUGUAUUUGUCUUAUAUGAUGAUUUCGUGUACAGCGGAGAGUGUACAAACGCUGUCGCACUCACAAGUGCAAAUGGGACUGACCCAGGAAUAAAAAUACAACCGACGGAGAUCUGGCAUAAAGACAUGGACCAAGUUUUGAUCACAUCUUGCAUGACAGCUGUAAAGACAGCAAACGGUCUAAAAGGAACGGACUGUAUCAACGGAACUCUGCUGGACGAUGGUUUAAUCCCAAAUCCAUCCAUGAACUUCACGACACUGUGGGCCUUGUAUGCCAAUAAGAGUCGACCCGUGGACCCGACACAGAGAUUUCUGCCCAUGCAAUCGGAGCUAACCAUCUACAAAUCCACAAAGCUGUACAUUAACCUGGACGCUUGCGUCAAUACCCUCCGAGGGGAGUGCAAGGAAUUCUUUGGAACUCACGGCAGGGACGGUCGAAACAAAUCCGCACAGUCGCGCUUCCCAUGCUACUAUGACAAGAACAACAAUGCUUCCGUAGUUGCACGGUUUGAUCUCCAUAAGACGUGGCGAGAGCUGGUGAUUGCUGUGGUGGUUCCUACAGUUAUGUUUGUCGUCUCAUCAGCCACUCUGUGUAUCAUCACGCGAUCAGUGAAGGUGGGGGAUGACACGAAGAUGCGUUGCAAGUACUGUGUUGGGAGCGGCGAUAUGACAGACGAAGAAACGAGCUUCAAUCGUGGGACAACCAGAAACAAUACCAGCGAGUGUCUUCUCCCACCAUCGGAAGACAGUACUAUCAGAUAACUGACAUCCAACCAGACACGCCGUCUUCGUACAAGCACCCCACCACGACGACGGAUUUGGUAAUGAACAACCGUCCAUCAUGGAAGAGGGACCAUUACCAACCUUUCAAACAACGUCGAAUCUGGUAAAUGAAAUUGUCGUGUCUUCAGCAAAUACCCAUACACGCCUAUAACUUGUUCGUUAUCAUUAAUCUAAUACACACUAAAUUAAUAAUGUGGAAAUUUCUAAAUAAAUACAGAUUUCUAUGUACCAGUGUUCACAAAACAAAGUCUGAAUGCUUCAGUCCAUUUACAAUUUUAAAUAAUGCUCGCUUCACGUGGUAAAAAUUUAUUAUAAUGAAGAACCAAUAAUCAAUUCAAUGGGUUUAUCUUCACCACAGAUGUUGCUUCUGAACAUUAUAUUUUCAUUCCUUAGCGUCAGAAGGCAGAUACUGUGUUUGUUAUUUUAAGUAAGCUGGUAUCUAACUAAUUAAGGUGUGUGUGUGUGUGCAGUUAUGACUUCUGAAAAAUGAAAACGGAAGGAAUUAGAUUUUGCUGUCUUUCGGUUCAAGCCAAAAGACGUAGAGGUUAAAACGGUGACAACAGUGAGGCACAAAACUAAGAAGCAUAAUUCCUCAUCGCGGAGGGCCUGGUUAGUCCCUAGGUUAGACCAUAUGGAUUUUUUUAGACAAAAGUGCAAUGGGAUAGGUUUCUCUCCGAGUCCGUCGGUCUUACCCUGCCAGUAUCAUGCCACCAGUGCUCCAUAAAAUGUCAUGAUUCUGCAAAAUGUGUGCAAUGACAAUGAUUAAUGCUGCUAGAAUUAUUUAUAGCUGGUAAGGCACAAACUGUCAUAUAAUCAAAGUUUCUUGGGUGAAUGGGCGAACUGUUAUACAAUGGCUUUAACAUUCGUAUAAUACGCUCGUGGUCACUCGCUCCAACCGCUGAUACCCCAGAGCGGCAGUGCCGGAAUUUUGGCAUGAACUAUGGGUGUACAGAAUCAAUGUGUACAUUUAAUAUGUAGCUGUACUCUGC